GUUCAGGAGGCACGUUCUAAGUACCGAAGUUGGAUGGCGAAAUUCAUAAGUGUUUCUGCUUAAUCUGCGACAGGCUUUGGCUUCUGAAGUAAAGCGACGGACCACGGAGACAGGCAAAGCCUCUAGGGGGCCAUGUCUGGUGGCAGCAGUACCAAUAACAGCUGGACCAUCCUCACUCCUGAGGAGACUGUCACUGAAACCUUGAAGCCUUUGGCAGAGGGAACAGAGCACCAUGAAGAAACUAGUUCAGCUGCAGCAGGUUCAGGGGACAAAGAACUUGCAAAUGGGGAAGAGUCAGCAGAGGGACCCCCUGUGGUGGGCCAUCUGGUACCAGAAGAAAAAACUGCAGAGCUGAGUAAUGACACAAGCACAGAGCAACACGCCCCAGUGACAGCUGCUCUCAUUGAUUCCCCUGUUCCCACCUCUUUGGAAGUUUCCGGCAGCUUUGUCCCUGACAGUGAUGCAUUCAGCCAGUCAGAGGGCCUACCUGAGGGCUUGGCACAGACCAGCCCUGACCCCGAUUCAUUUUCUGACUCAUACACACACAUAUCCCCCUCUCCGGAAGAGUCCCCUGCCUCUCUGCAGACUACAGAGACUCUGGGAGGAGGGGAGUUCACACAAGAGGAAGAGAGGCUAGAACAAGAAGGAACUGUGUAUCCGCGAAAUGGGGAGGAGCUACAGCCAGAGGAGGAGGAGUCAAACCUGUUUUCGAGGACGCCUGAUAUCGGGAAACAGGCAGACUCUCCUGAUGCAGAGGUGACUGAGGAGAGCAUUGAGAGGACAGGAGAGCAGGGAGAGCCAGAGGUGAGGAGAAGGAGGUCUCUCUUAGCUGCUUUGGAGCGAAUUGGACGAAGAGAGGAGGAAGAGGAAGCAGAGGAAGAUUUUCAGCUGCCUCCACGCGAGGAAGACAGCGGGUUCUCACUGAACAAGUGCAUUCUGGGUGCUGUGAUUCUGCUGGGCCUCGGCACCAUCUUUAUCUCCGGUGUCUUCAUGGACCUGGAUGAGGACAGUGAGUAUGCUACAAGGGAGCUGAAAGAUGCAGAGUUGCCUGGAAAACAGGAGUGGUUUAAUCCAGAGGUUCCACCAUCCCCAGUAGAUGCAGAAAGUACAGAGCUUCUAAAUAAGUUAACUGAAGGAAACGAGCAGAUUUCUGUGCUACAAGCCCAGCUUCAGGCACAGGAAGAAGAGCUAAAAGUAGCCAAGGGAGUGGUGGCGGAGGGAGCGAAGGAGCGUCUGCGGUGGGAGGAGGUGGAAAAGGAAAACAGUAGGUUGAAGAAAGAAUUGGCAUCUCUCCCUAUCCUUCAGAAAGCGAACGAGAGGAUGAAGAGAGAGCUGGAGUCUGUCGUGGCCCUUCAGAAAGAACUAGAAACACUGAGAUCCACUGUGACUGAAUUAAAACUCUCCCCAGCAGCCAAUGAAGCAUCUAUGUCGCCCCCCGGUGGACAGCCCGAGCACAGCACACAGGUCACAGAUGGAUCUACAGUGGGGCAGCAUAAGAAACCAUGGGAUGAUCAGUGGGAGAAAAAAGAAAUUAAAAAGGAGGAAUACUACAUGAAAGAGAAAGAAAAAUCUAUAAGGAGGGAAGAAGCAAGAAAGGAUGGAGGAGAAUGGUCAAAAGAAAAACAUGAACAUGCAAAGACUGAAAAGGAGAAAGAUAAGAAGAAGUGGCACAGCGAUGAAACAAAACAACGGAAGGAGAAGGACUGGAAGAAAGACAAGGCCACCAGAGGUGAUGAAGGGAAGUCAUGGAAGGACAGGGAAGGGAAGAAAGAGUGGAAAGACAAGAAUGGGAGAAAAGAGUGGAAGGAGGAGAAGGACUGGAAGAAAGGAAAGCAUGAGAAAGUGAAAGAGGGUAAACAGUGGAGGGGUAAGGAGGAGAAGAAGGACUGGAAGGUAGGAAAAGACAAUGGAGGGAAAUAUAAGAGUAGGGAGGAAUGGAAAGGAGAGAAGGAAUGGAAGAAAGGAAAGGAAGGUGGCAAAGAGAAGUGGGAGAAAAAAGAUUGGAAAGAGAAAGGAGAGAAGAAAGAGUGGAAGAAAGAUGGUGACUGGAAGAGUAGAAACAGCAAAGAAUGGAAAGGAAAAGGUGAAAGGAAACAGUGGGAAGACAGCAGAAUUCAUGGGAAAGAAUGGAAGGGGAAGGAAGAGAGGAAACAGUGGAAGGAGAGUGAGUGGAAAAGUAAAAAUGGAAAAGAUGUAAAGGACUGGAAAAAGAAGGAUGAGAAGAAACUGUGGGAAAUGGAUGAAAAAUUAAAGAGAGAGGAAAAAGAUUUGAAAAAGGAAAGAAAGUACCAGAAACACAAGUUUAACAAUAACCAUGAAAAGGAGCACCUAUGGGGUGACAGGAAGCCUCCUCACUCUCAUCACCAACCUUCCCUGGAGCAGCCCGAGUACUGGCUUCAGCAAAGAGAGCGCCUGCAGCACAACCUGAAACCAUCACAGCUAUGUAACUCACUUGAGUCAUGUGCCAACACAGAGGGGCUGCUCCCUGUCCCCUUUCCUGAGUUUGAUGCCAUCCUCCAAACUUAUCUGGCCAAGGCUGAGGAGGCAGGAGUGGAUGAAUCAAAAAGAGAAGAGCUCAAAAAGUUGGUCUCCGAAUUCUUCAAGGAUGCAGUCUUCGUUCAUGACCAGAUGAGCUUUCAAGAUUUCGUUGAGGAUGUUGGGGAUAUUUUGGAAGAUAUGGUGGAAGGUGAUGAGGAAAAAGAGGACAGUCUCAUCGAGGAUGAAAUGGAGGAGUUUGAGAGGGAAGUCCUGAAAAAGUUUGCAGUACCAGGAGCUACAGAGAAGGAGGAGAGAUCUAAGGGGGAGUGGAGGAAGGAGAGUGGACGAGGACAUGGCUGAUGGAGUGGCAGCAUUAAUGUAUCUGUGAGAAGCAGAUUAUAGCAGUCAUAGCGGAUGAGAGUUUAUUUAAAGGGAAACAUUUUAUAUCGGACCACAAAUGCUUACAAGUGCGCAUUUAUCAUCCUAUAGUUUUUUUCACUGGAUCCUACUUUACCCACUCAGUCUGUUGUUUGAAAUGUUCAACUUAUAAACCGAUUUCAAUGUUUUGGGUUGUUUUGUAUAAGACCUCUGCACAUGCACAUAAUUUAGAGCUAAAAAACAGACAAAAUGCUUUUUUACAUCAGAUUUUUGAGACUGACUCAUCUAAUAAAAAGAGGCCACAGAUGGUAGUGAAGCAUAAAGUAUGCUUUUCCUUUCCUUCGGCUGCUUUUUGUCUAAAGUUUAAUCCAUAGAAAACUCUUUAAAGCCCAUAUCCAGCUUGUAUUUUAAAAUUGUGACUAAGCACAUCCUUUGGUCAACAGCCAUUUCUUAAUGUAGAGCUACUUUUCUCUUUGCACAGAGGAUAUUUGACCUGUUAGAUGGAGUUGAAUGUAAAUUUGCCUGGGCUCCCAUCUACAAAUAGAUACUGUACAGUCUUAUUCAUACACUGUACCUCUUUUUCAGCAAACAGCACUGAGCACUGGUAAAAAUUGUUUUAUUCACUGUGCAGCCUGCAGCUACAGAAUCCAUCUUUUUGUUUAUUAAUUACUUUAGACUGACCCUCAAUGUCAGAUUUUACCUUAGUCUUUAACGGUUUUGAUAAAGGGUGGAGUGAACUGCUGAAAAAACUUAGUGAAAGCAAAAAUAUAGAAGUCUGCAUUGAUUAUAUUUUAAAUGUUUGUACAUAUUGCAUUUUAAGUGUUGGAGAAUUAUACUGGACUGCAUUUGAUUUAACUUAUUUUAUAGAGAUGGUACAUUGAUUUAAAUUGUUGGCUCAUAAAGUAUGUUGAGCAUGUAUGUUUCUUUCAAAAAACAGGACUCAUGCUGUGCACUAAAAUGUCUUUAACUAUAAUUUUGUGAUGAAUGUAGUUUUUGUUUUUUGUUAAUUAGGUUGUCAUGACACUGUUUACAUGCUUUUAAAGAGUCACUUAUUCAAAGCCCCACAGCCACAUGGAGACUGUUUUUUUUUUUUUGUUUUUUUUUUUUUUUUUAGGUAGGUGAUCCAGAACCAUAUACUGUAGGAUGUACUGGUAUCAUAGUUUUACAUUGUAUGAUUAUGAUGUUCAUAUUUGCAUCUCUUACUGUCAUAAGGG